AAUGAUGUCACAGGAUAUCAGGCAGGAGCGAUGCGAUGUUGUUAGCUGUUCGCAUACAAAAAUCAUUCCGAUCAUUCUUGCUAGCUUAGACUCCGAGAGAAGCAUUUACUUACACUUUUAUAUUGUAUGUAAUUUGUGUUUCAGGGUUCGAUUUCCUAUAAUGUGAAUCAAGGACUUAUCGACUGAGUAACUGAGAGCAUUUAUGACAUAUUAAUUUUCAUUCAGCUGCAUGCAACUUGCAACGGCUACGCUACGGUGCAUCGAUGAUGGCGACCAGCAACAGCAACAUUUCGAGAGUGUGUCUUAUUCAUGCGGAGAAGAAAAUAAAUGAUUCCAUCCGUGCUGUAAUAAGCGGAGUAGAAGAUGAGUUGAAAUUGGAAGACCAAGUAUCCUACAAACGUCGCUACAAAGAGAGAGAUAAUGUUGCAUCCGAGAUUGUAGAGAUGAUGAGAAAGCUUGAUGAUGAUGAUCUCCAUUGUAAGGCAAUCAUUUUCCUAUCAUCACGUCUCUGUGAAGUCAUGAAAAAUAACAAAGACAUUUCCACAGCAUUCCAAGAUCUAGUAUUGAAAGACCAAGUCACACCGGGAAACGAUCGUCGUUUGGCACUGUUAUGGGACAAAGAUUUGACCAUAUCAGAUGCGAUUUUCCAAGAAGCUUUCACCAUGGCAUUUGUAAAUCACUUCAAAUUCAACACUUGUGGAGUAAAGUGCAGAGCAGAUCCAAAUGACAUGAAGUUACCAAGUUUUGUGAAUGCUAUUGUAAAACAGUGGAAAGCUCCAGUGGAUGUACAGUCAGAAGUUUCUUCAUCAGGAGUCCCUAUGAAUGAGGAUACUACACUUGAUAUAGAUUCAGUUCAUAUUGUCCAUGGAGGCGACAAGGCAGCCAAGCAAGCAGUAAGAGAAAUCAGUAGAGAACUUGAAGAUGGAUUUCAAUUAAUGGAUCCUACUAAAUAUAAACUCUACAAUAGAAUCCAAGACCAUCAGAUUCCCGAGGUAGUGAUGUCUGAAGUAAAGAGUAUCAUUGAUAACGACGGUCCUAAUACACUUGGGGUUGUUACUUGGUGCCAGAGGCUUCUUGAUAUCUUGCUACCAUACAAAUUUAGAGAUAAAUUUGAAGCGUUGAUUGUAGCCACCUCUCAGAAGAGAGUGGUCCACAUGUGUCUGGGAGUAAAUCGUCAUGUGAUUGGGAGGCAUUUCCCUAAACUGGUUAAUCUGGCAUUCAUUUCUCUUGAGCGACUUGAUGAUGGCACCAUUGAUACAACAGAUCUCAUCAACCGAGUUAAGCUUGCAUUGGAUCAAUGCAAUGGAAAUCUGUCAAGAGAAGAACUAGCUUUUUCCAGUACAGAAGCCAACCCACCUUCAGCUGGACAAUAUUCUCGGGCCAGUAACCAGCAUGCCAUGGAUGAACGUAAGAUGAGUGAACCCAGUUAUCUCUCGUCUCAAGACGGCAAGGCACCUACCCAGAUGAGGACCAGUCCUGUACAUGGUCUAAGCUCUUCCAUGGGAUUGGUAGGAAACCCUAGUAACCAGAACCAGCAAGGAGGAAGAGUAGUCCCAUCUGCCUGUUCGUCACACAGCAAGGAUUCUGCAGGUUAUGCUUCAGGUGGGAAUCCCAACCCUGGCAAUGGUAAACCAGUCCAUGCACAACCCUCAAGUGGGGGCAGUUCAGGGAACCAGGGCUCGAAGUAUGUUGGUGUCAACGGAGGUUCCUGGAAUUGCAAUGCUCUGCCUGCAGGGUCUUUGGAUCCAUCCCAGAGCAAAAUGAUGAUGCAGAUGGGAGUCGUUAAUCAUCAAAGCAGGCCACCACUUACUCCAUCUCAGAUAGACAUCAACCAGGAGGGUCAGCAAGCUUCGGGACAGUUGCCUUUAUCGAGAGACGGUUCAUCAGGAGUCUAUCAUCAAGCUACACCUUCAGAAUCAUCCUCAGAUACUGCCAAGUAUCUUGCCAAUGGAGACUCAAUGCCUCUCACUUCCAUCCAUUCCAUGCCGUUUGGAUCCAAGGAACCUGUGCUGCCACAGAGUGAUGCAACCGUAGAAUGUCCAUCAGGUUUUAAAGACAUGGACCCUAACAGCAACAACAGUCAGUUCCCUAAUAAUCUAUGUGCUCCCUCUAGGAAUGGCCAGUACUUGGCAGCAGAGAUAGCUCCAAAUAUUCGCCCUGCCCCACAUGACGACCGUAUACAGAGACCUACUGGAAAUAAGAUCCCCAGAAGAGACAACACAGGAGACAUCUCCAUGUCUUCUCCUGAAGCCAGUGCUUCUCCUCACCAAGAAUACCCCAGUGGAAUCCCUCCUUCAACAGGUUCCGUUGCCUCAUAUGGAGGUGGCUUUGCAUCCUUACAAAUGAUCCCCAAUCAGAGCAUCAUCAGGGACGGACCUGCAUCUCUUCCUACAACAACGUCCCUCAACAUGCCCGGUCCUGUGUCAAGGCAAGGUAAUGCAUCAUGUUCUUCAGUAGAGGUUCCAUUUGUUCAAGUUGCAGAAGACAACCCACAUGAUUGUCAAUCUCUGAAUGGACUCCCCUAUGCUACCAAUAUGAACAGCAAAGAUGCUUUUGAACAAGAGGAUUACCAAGAGGGUUCUGGUCAGAAAUUACCCAACAAUGUGAUUGGGGCUGAAUUCAGAUCUCUUCCUCCAACAAGUGCAGGCCGGAGAGUGAGAAAUGAGGGUGCUGUAAAUGAUGAUGAAAGGGUGCAUACCUCUCCAGGUAGGAUCAAUCAUAACCAAGGUUUCCCUAUGGAAAACAGCUUUCCUGAGGAGCCUACCAAUCCUCCAGAUUUCCCUAUCAAGGACAUGGACUACCGAUGCAGAGAGAUGCUGAAGAUCAUGUUAGAUCCUGAGACCAAUACGGGCAGUGACUGGAAGGUCUUCGCGUACUUCUUCAAGAUGAAGUUUGAGGAAGUUAGGUACGUCGAUUCCCUUCAAAAGAGCUCAACACUCUAUCUGUUUAACUGGUUGCAUGAGAAGCGACCUGAAAUAACCUGCGGGGAUUUCAAGAAUUGUGCGCAGAUUCAUCAACGAUUGGAUGUCGUCAGAAGGAUGAACAAAUUCCACUAUUGAUCAGUAGCUAUUUGACAUUAGUUUGAUGAGUCCAUGUUGGAUGUAGCACAGGAGCAAUAAGAUGAAAGUGGUCAGUAUUCUCUUGUCAUUGCUUAAAAAGAAUCUUUUGCUGUGGGAAAGACAAAAACAGUCAUGAGUUUUGAAGUUAUUUUCUCUUUAAUUGAGGAAAUAUUUUAUAAGUAAGGAUUGCUUCUCAGGUGCCUGCACACUCGAGCUAUGAUGAUUAGCUGAAAUGUUGGGCUGAAUGUGUGUCUUUGGUUCUAUUCAUACUCUCUGUGUGCAUUACAGGUGACUUCUAUUAGAGAGUCAAUAUCUUUUGGCGUUGGUGAUUCCCUAAUCUUUCAUCAUUCACCUAUAUUUCAAAGCAUAGCAAUCAUUCAUUGUAUUUUCCAAUUUUACUUUGAGGCAGUUUCUUUCAUAUUACAAUCUCUUGACCAGAUCUGAAAUUUGUCUGUAAUUUAUCUUGGACAACACUUUCAUGGAUUACUUGUUAUCUACUCAUUCAUUUUGUACAGAUCAUAUUCGAUCCUGCAGGAACAAAACUGUCCUCAAUGAAUUCUUUGCUUACAGUAUUAAUGUCAUAAAUAUAAAAAAAGUGUGCACACAGAGUACUUGAAUGAAUUAUUAAUUUACACUCUUCUAAAGAGACUGUUCACACCAAUCAUUCAUGAUUACUAUAAUACUUAUUAUGCAAUCAUUCUGUGUAUGAUUUGAUACAGUUUGGAGAAAGAGUAGCCCAGAUGAAAUUCAGUGUGCAUUGGCCCAUAAGCAUAUUACCCAGUGGGUUAGUGAUUGAUAGGAGUCCGAGUUUCAUAUUUACGUGUUCAUUUUUAAAAUUUUUUUAUUGCUAUUGUGUGAAUCCUUGGAUGCCUUAAAAUUAUUGUUAAUAUAAGAAGGAAACAUUCACGGCAUUGACUUCAUAAAUACAACAUUGUUCCUUGAUUUCCAAACCGGUGUGUCACUAUAUAUGUGUUGAUCAGGGCUAUUUUAGUCCUUGGUUCAACCAUUCAUGAGAAACUAGAAUUUGACUGUGGAAUUUAGUACCUUUGACCUUUUAAUAGUAAAUGUACAUAAAUAAAGAUUAUAAUAAAAAGGUUUGAAGAAAAAAAAAAAAAAAGACAAAAAAUAUUGAUAAUAAUGUAGAAAUGAAAUACAUUUUAGUACUAAAUAAUGUGUACAUAUUGUAGUUUCUUCACAUGCAAUUCAUAUAUACAUAUUUGUCCCCCUAGCCGGUAGCAAAGACCACAGUACCUAUCAGAAUACAAAUUGAAAUGUGACCUUGAGAAAAAAAUACAACAUUUAUGACAAGGAGUACAAACUGAAGUCUGCGUUGGUUUAACCCUCUCUGUUAAAUAAUUGCAAAGUGAUUUUUCUGACUAGAUUUCACGGAGAUUACAUGUAUGUGUGGUUUACCUCAAUUUUUCUAAAGUUCCAGAGUUUUUAUUUAUAGGCAGACUCUGCUGCUGUAUAAUGCUUUCAGCUCAAAGCGUUGAAUACACAUUUUCAUUUUGAGGAUGCAGUUUUGGAUGAUAUGCAGCUAUGCAUGAAAUGGUAUGAAUUUUGCACUCAUGGUUGCCUGUAAGAGCAAUGUAAACUAAAAAGUAACCGACACUCUUCAGUGUAUCUCUCUAUCUUGGUGGAGCAUUGUGGCCCAGUGGAUUAGUAUCUUGACUUUGAAACAGAGGGUCAUGGGUUUGAAU